UGUCGCCUUUACGGUGAGUUCCUUGCCGAAGGACACUCGCAGGAGAUCAAGUCGCUAUGCUCGGACUACUUUCAACAAGCGGAAAAAUAUGUCCAGUUUGUGCUGUCGCGACAGGCGGCGGCGACGGCUGCGGGUGGCGAACAGAAAACCUCGCCCGGGAACGUUCCCGCUAACCAUCGUUGCUUCGACGUGGAUCGUAACUUCACCGUGCAGCACACCGUCGCGAAUAAGGGGAUAUACGACGCCAAGCGUCAACAUGCUAACGUUGCACAACGUUGCCGAUGAGGAAAUGAACGCUCUGCUGACUCAGAAACAGAAACUGCUGCUCGAGCUGAAGCACUACGAAAACAACAUCAAGUACAACAAGGAAAUCCUGAGCAACACGAGCGAAAGCAAUCUGGUGCAGAGUGUGCCGGACAACGUCGGCAUCAUACCGUCCAACACGCGGCUACAGAUCGGCAUUUCCACCAGCUACGAUAGCAACGAUAUGAACAUCGACAUCACCGUGUCGACCAACAACUCGACCACGAUUCGUGUCGUGUUGAUCUUUGCUGAUCAGCUGUUCAAGGAGGAAACGCUGAUCGCGCACCUGACGAAGGACGUUUCGCGCAUACUGAUACCGCUCAAGACGCUCAAGGACAAUGCGCAGGACAUUCACAUCAAAGCGUUCGUCGGCUACCCGAGCAGUGUGCAGUUUCACGUGUUUGAACUGACCCGUCAGCUGCCCAAGUUUGCGAUGUACACCAUACCGCACAAUCUGACCGGGUCACCGAAGAGUGUGUGUAAGUAUGCCGCUUACGUUAUGUGUGCAGUUUUGUUUUUUUUACGCGCUUAGUCACCCGGUAUUUGUAGAUGAAGUGAAGAUCAUCUGAUUAUUUUAAACCGCCAACACGUGCUUGCAUGCAUAAGUCAUCGACAUUCGACCCCAAAACCGAAUGCCCGAACCAGUUUUGCUGUGUGGUGUGGUGGUGGUGCUGGAUGGAAAACUGUGAUUUGUGUUGUACGCCUUAACCGUUCGUACGGAUGCAGUGCUAAAGCCCAGUGAUGGAUUCCUUUUUCGGCUUCGAUACCAGUCUGCCGGGUGAGAACGACGAGGAGUAGGAGGAGGAGGAAGCUCGCCGAUUCUUCCAGGCAGCACCGCGGCGCACCGCCGAACUGCAUUCGCCGCUGCAGCGGCGCCGAUGCAAAGAAGACAUCUCGGACGAGGAGGAGUAUGACGCCCUGAAUGACGAAACGUUCGGUGCGGCGGACAAGGGCGACUGGAAGGACAUCCACGAGCAUCUCGUGCGGCUGGAAAGUUGCAGGAAUGGGGGGCGAACCG